UAUUUUCCUCAAGUACGUGAGUUAGCACAUAAUCAACUCGAGAGUAUACGCCUCGCUUAAACAUACGAAAAAGAGAGAUGUUGCUCAUAGUUGCCUUUUUUGCUAUCGUGGUCUCCUGUGCCGCAGAAAAUGCUCGCCGACAUGGAGAGCCCUGCCCCCCCGCUUCCUCCAAUAUCGACGCGUUGACGCUGUUCCGUCAAAAGACCAGGUUUGACCUGUUGCGAAUAAACUAUAAUAUGUCGCACGAUGGCAGCAACGCCAUGUGUGUGAAGAUUAGGCGUGACACCGCCACUGUGGAGGGCCAUACAAUGAUGAGAAAUUUUACUUACAGAAACAUGAGUUCUACACGUCGACAAAUGGCCAGAGCACUAAUUAAUAUGACAUUUUAUAAAGGAAACGGAGAGUUCGACGACUACAGCGAUGAAGACACAUCAAUGACGUCAGCUCGUAGUGAGCAGCAGAAAUACACCCGCAUGAGUUCGACCAUAAACAAGGCUACCCCUGGCUUUUCUCUGCCAGCACCAAAGUGGACCUUCUUGUACUCAACUAAAAAGUGUUUCGUUGUAAAAGUACCAGGCACCUUUAUAAAUGACUGCAAUGGUUCCCAGAACGCACCCUCUGACAGCAACAGCCUUCGUAGAAGCGACCUUUCCUCCCACACGUGGGACUGCGCAAAGCCUCGUUGUGAACUUUGGGCGCGCCCGGACCAUAGACAAGGGGAGCUGAGAAAUUCUUACUGCUGUGAACAAUUCUUCAACAGUGCUUGUUCCACUUCGACUAUAGUGCGAGUAUACGACGAUAAGUGCCACCACUAAAAAGAGGUGCCACAUUGUUAAUAAAUAAAGUUUAUAAUGAAUCUCCUG